CGUCGCCCCUCUCCAGGCGCAGGCCGGUCGCGUCCCCGGCGCCGGCGCCGGCGCUCGUGCGCGCCCCCACACGCCCUGCCAGGGCCGCGCCGCGCGCGCCAGCUGUGGGCGGGGCCCUGCAGUGGUGGCUGGGCACCUCCUCCUGCGGCGUUUCCCCCCGCUCUUUCCCUCGCUUGCCCUCGCGCUAACUGUGCUCCUCUGGGCCCCCUUUGCCCGCUCCCAGCCAUGGUGGCCUGGCGGACUGCGUUCCUCAUCUGCCUCGCUUUCUCCUUGGCCACUCUGGUCCAGAGAGGAUCCGGGGACUUUGAUGAAUUCAGUCUGGAGGAUGCAUUGAAAGAAACUUCCUCAGUAAAGCAGAGAUGGGACCAUGUCACCACCACAACCAGGAGGCCUGGAACGACCAGAGCUCCAGCAAAGCCUGCAGGUCGUGACUUUGACCUGGCUGACAUCUUAGAUGAUCGAAAUGAUCGAGAUGAUGGCCGCAGGAAACCAAGUGCGGGAGGUGGAGGAGUUCGUGACUUUGACCUGGCUGAUGGCUUAGAUGAUCGAAAUGAUCGAGAUGAUGGCCGCAGGAAACCAAGUGCGGAAGGAGGAGGAGGUUUUUCAGACAAGGAUCUUGAAGACAUAUUAGGGGGUGAUGAAUACAAACCUGACAGAGGCAAAAGUCAUGGCCCAUACGGUGGCGGUGACGACUCUGAAUCCGGAAUGUCGGCCGAGACUGGUACCAUCGCUGGUGUGGCCAGUGCCCUGGCCAUGGCCCUGAUUGGCGCUGUCUCCAGCUACAUCUCCUACCAGCAGAAGAAGUUCUGCUUCAGCAUCCAGCAUGCAGCGGAAGGUCAAGAGGGUCUCAGCGCAGACUACGUGAAAGGGGAGAACCUGGAAGCUGUUGUGUGUGAGGAGCCCCAAGUGAAAUAUUUAGUGCUGGAAACACAGUCUGCGGAGCCGCCGCCAUCCAAGCCGCCCCGGAUCUGAAGGCCCACUCAGCAGCAGGCCCGCGCAGUGGCACCACCGCUUGGGACCCAGCUCCCGAUUUCAUUUGGCCCUGCAGCAGCUCCACUCCUUUUCGAUGUCAUUGCUUUCUUGUGGUUGUGAGUCUUCCGGAGGAGCUCUGGGUGUUUGUGAGUUUAGUUUCUGUGCCUGCCCUGCCACAGGUGCUCUGAAGAGACUGGGUCAGGCUCCCCAGAGGCAGCCUGCCUUCCGGCCUGCGCGAGCUGGGCAGGGGAGACCAAGAUGCUUAGGGGACAGGAGGGCAGGCCCGGGGCCGUGCGGUCCCCUGCCUGCUGCACUGCCUCACUGUACUGGGCUUCCUCAGAGCCGGCGGGGAGCGGGGGUUGGCCAGCUCGCACCCACUUCACUUGGAGCCCCUGCGAGGAACAAACCAGUGUGAGCAGCAGGUAAUGCCCCACGCAACACCCAGGGGUCGUUUUAUUUGGUUCUUCUUUCCAGUUCUGGCUUCUACACUAUUGGCUCUGAGACAUCUGGUCCAAGGGGAGGCUUUCCAUGUGUUUUAAGUGCGAACCUGCAUGUCCUGAUAGUCCUGCCCUGAGAGUUUAGGAAUCUUCUGAACAAGUAGGAAGCUGUGACUCCAGGGCCUGAUUCCCACCUGAUGCUGUAGGGGAGGGGGGGAGGCUGGGUGUGAUCUCCUGAGUGACAGGAUUAGUUUUUAAGAAUCACUUGUGUUGGAAAUGGGUUUUAUACUAGGCGGGGGACAUGCUCACCCUGCAUGCCGGCUGUGUUCUUAUUUUGGUAGCAAAAGCUGCACGUGUCAUGAAUGAGCAUCACAGCCAAAAGCAUGCUUUGGGGGGCCUUUAAGAUGUACUUGAGGGGGUGGGGAGGGAAGGGGAAGGGGAUGUUUGCUUGGUUCAGUGAAACAUGCCUGACUCGGUAAUUCCGUCAUUCCUCUGCCUGUCCUGUUCUGAUGAAGAGCAUGGGGGGUGGUGCGCGCACUGUGUUGAUCACCGGCCUGGAGCUGCUCUGGGUAGGAGCAGAACUGGCUUCUAGGUUGUUCUGUUUGGCCCAUGUGUGGUCCUGUCUACUCUCUUGUCGGGCUGAGCUUGAGUCACUAUCUACUGAUAAUCAGUUUGCAGUGUCAAAAAGUACUUCUGGAAAUGCAAUAGAAGCCAGCAGGAAGGCAGUCUGAUUUUCACAGCUCCGUGGGCCUCUUUGCAGUGCAGGCAGCCCCACAUGCUCCACAGGCCAGAUAUUUGCUCUUUCAAACCCGCUGAGCUUGGAUGAGGCAAAGCCAACUUCAGGAAAUACCAGAAAUCUGAACAGGGCUGCAGGUUAUAUAAUGCACACCUCGCAUCUGUUUUAGCAGUUGUCCUAAAAAUACACUCGUGGGACAGUAAUCAGUGUGCAUCUCAAGGUCACCCUUUGCCAGCUCACAGUGCAUGCCCCUGGACCCUGCCACGGCCCUCCCAUGCUUGGCACAUCACCCAACAGGCCAGGAUCGGGGCUGCUGGGCACUGAGGAGGCAUCUCUGUGUGGCGGCCUGCGCCCCAAGCCUGCCAUCAGGUUUACCAGGCUUGUCCCUCCCAAUGGUGGCCAGGGCUGAUGGCCCCGCCCCCUGGCCAGUGAUGGGCAGGAGGUGGGUAUAGAGGAUUUUUGUGUCCACAGCUUGUUGUCACCUAGCUAGGGUGACAGCCUAAGGAGGGCCAGUGUCCUAAGCAGCAGAUAGGGCGGGAGAGCAGGGCAGCGUUCAGCAGCUCCUUGCCGUAGACUGGCUCCUCGCUGAGGUUCCGAAGGCAUUUUAAGGGAAGAAAAGCAAGGAAAGGCUUGCGUGUGAUAAAAACUCUUCUUUCCUUGCCCCUGGGAAGCUGGGACACUUACAGAAGAGUCACAGGAUGAGUAAUGUGGCCUGUGUGUCCCUGGCCACAGCCAGGCAUGGUGCUGGCACUAGAACUGUCACCAGGCUUCUCUGGGAGGCCGGAGGUUGUCCACCUUGGCUUCUUUCUCACUGAGGCGCCACUGAUGGUGAAGGCCCGGAUGUCCUGCGGCCGUGGUAACAUCAGCAUCCCAGCUCCACUUCCUCAGCAGCACUGACUUGGUGAAGAGGAGCCCCUUUUCUCCCAUCGCAGUGUCGUGCCUUCUGCAGCAAGCCUGUCGCCCACCCCACCCCUGCUCCUAGUGAUGGACGUGCCCCAGGUGCCCGUGGCAGAGCGCUUGUCCUGCCGCGAGGGACGCUGAUGCUCCCAGAGGCCUAGGGUCCCUUGUAACAGUGUGUCUGAGCUGUACCAGCCAGCUUGGGUCCAUGUCAGCGGUUCGGGGAGGUAAGCAAGUGAACUAGAUGGGGCAACUGAGAAUGUCCGAUGUGGCAGUUUAACCAGGGUUGGGAGGUGCAGGGUCUCCAGCAGCCUCUCUGCGCACACAGGCAGGGGGGCUCAGUGCAGUGGGACCUGCUGCCUUGGCUGCUUGGGUUGGGGGUUAGUACCAGUUGUCUGAGGAAGAAAGGGAGUCGGAUCUCAGACCUGCUGUCCUUUUUCUGUGCUUGUGAUUUAAGUAAGAACUGUAAACUGCAUUAAACAGUGUACGCUAACGGAUCACUG